AAGUGAAGCUGUCAGGUCGAUUGAGUACUAAAUUUAUACCAAAAAUAGAUUCUCUUUACGUCUAUUUACGAUCAAAAUGUUAUUUAAAAUGUUAUUUUUUUGUCUAAGCGGAUAUUUUAGACAUUCGAUAAAUACGCGUAAAAUCGGUGAUAUCCUCAUUGGACCGGAACAUCGUACGACUGUUGGAUGACCCAAAACUUUAUGAAAGAAGUUGUUCAUUGGUGGAGGUUUCCUUCACGCAUGCGCAUAUUCGUUUAUGUGCAUUAUUUAUUCACUACGAAUUUCUUUGAUGCUUUGUGUGGAAUACUCUGCUAGUCUGUGUCUACUAAGGAACCGGCGAAUUAACUUGUCUUGUAGUUCUAUUAUCAUUAUUGCCGUAUCUAAUUAAACUUAAGUUCUUGACUAUUACACAUCUUCAUGAUGCCUGGACCCUCAGCAACUAAAUCCCUCGGCUGGCCACAGGAUGUUGGGAUUAUUGCCCUUGAGAUUUACUUCCCAUCACAGUAUGUUGACCAGACCCAGCUGGAAAAGUUUGACGGAGUCUCUGAAGGAAAGUACACAGUCGGGCUAGGACAGAACAAGAUGGGAUUUUGUUCUGACAGAGAAGACAUCAACACAUUAUGUCUAACUGUGGUGCAAAGACUGAUGGAGAGGAACAGUAUAGACUACAAUGACAUUGGUCGCCUGGAGGUUGGCACUGAGACUAUCAUAGACAAAUCUAAAAGUGCUAAGACAGUGUUAAUGCAGCUGUUUGAAGACAGUGGUAACACAGAUAUAGAAGGUGUUGACACAACAAAUGCCUGCUAUGGUGGCACGGCUGCACUUUUUAAUGCUGUCAAUUGGAUAGAAUCAAGUUCCUGGGAUGGUCGCUAUGCAUUGGUUGUAGCUGGUGAUAUAGCAGUAUAUGCUACAGGUAACGCCAGAUGUACUGGAGGAGCUGGGGCAGUUGCUAUGCUUGUUGGAUCAGAUGCUCCACUUGUUAUAGAUAGAGGAGUGCGCAGCUCACACAUGCAGCAUGUCUAUGACUUCUACAAACCUGACAUGGCAUCUGAAUACCCAACUGUUGAUGGGAAGCUAAGCAUCCAGUGUUACCUUCAUGCCCUUGAUAAAUGUUUUGAAAGGUACACCAACAAAGCUAUUGCUGCUGGAAUUAGAACUGGUAAGAGCACACUAGACAUGGCUGAUGGAUUCCUAUUUCAUUCUCCAUAUUGUAAACUGGUUCAGAAAUCCUUUGCCAGACUUCUUCUGAAUGAUUUCUUAAGAGAUGAAACUCCAGAUUUCAAAGGCAGAUAUGCUGGUUUAGAAGCCUUUAAAGACAUAAAGCUGGAAGAGACUUACUUUGAUAGAUCUGUUGAGAAUGCUGUGAUGGCAUCAAGUAAAGAGCUGUUUGAACUGAAGACUAAACCAACACUUCUAGUGGCGAAUCAAGUUGGGAAUAUGUACACACCAUCACUGUAUGGUGGGCUAGCUAGCUACAUUAGUCAGCACACUUUGGACCUUAUAGCUGGUAAGAGGGUUGUACUGUUUUCCUAUGGAUCUGGUCUAGCAUCCUCAAUGUUUUCUAUGAAGUUCACUGACAAUAAAAGUGCUGGUGGUGCCCUGGAGAGGCUAGUUAAUAGUUUGUCAGAUCUGAAGCUUAGGUUAGAUAGUCGGCAGUGUGUCGUCCCAGAGGACUUUGACAGGAACAUGAAACUUAGAGAACAAACACACCAUCUUGCCCCAUAUAACCCAGUUGGUUCUACAUCUGUACUCUUCCCUGGCACUUGGUAUUUGACAGAAGUAGAUAAUAUGCACCGGAGGAAAUAUGAAAGAACUUCAUUAACCCACUUUGAAGGAGAUGUUUGUAUGACAGAGGUCAAGCAAGUCAGUCAAAUGGAAACAAAUGCUUUCCAGGAGACAGUCAGUAGCAGUUAGCUCUAAUAAAGUUAUCGUAGGUGAUAUUCAAUUAAUUCCAUUGUAAGAAGACUUUUCAGAUUAUCACAUCUUCAAAAACUAAAAUACUGUUUAGUCAUAUUAGGAUUUAUAAUAUAAAAAUUAUUAUAAUUAAUGCUGACGACACUCAUUUCUUUCAUAACUAGUAUUUUAAAAAAAUGAUAGCCAAACCUUAAACAUUUUUUUUAAUGUGAAAUUGUUAGGUUUUGGAUGGAAUUCGGGUUGUCACUGCCCUAACCUUACAUUUUGUUUUUAGGGAAAAAAAUGUAUAGUAUUUCAAGAUUUCUCUUAGUUUGUACUGCAAGUACAUAAUUGUGAUAUAAUAUCAAGAUUAUUGUUUCUUAUUAGUCCAGCAAAAUCUAAACAUAGCACAAAACUCACUUCUAUUAAGACCACAUGUUAACUCAUUUUUAAAACUGUAUUUUUGUAUAUAUAUGUUUUUAUCCAACCUUAAGUAUGUCUGGUGAGGUGGGAGGUAAUUACUGUGUUGCUAUGUAUAAGCAAAGUCUUGUUUGUUUUAGUAAUUUACUGCACCACUACUUUUUAUAGUCUGGACUUGCCAUUUCAUUUUUUUUUUCUUUUU